GCUCAUGAUAAUGAGGUAUUCAAGAUGGCGGAGUAAGCUAGUUUGUGCGCCAGUUGCUAUAGUUUUGGAUGGAUUUAAGUAGUGAAAUAUGCCCAGAAAGAGAAAUGGUGAGAUACCUUUACCCGAAGGAUGGGAUUUCGCGCGGGAUUACGAUGGAAAAGUGUAUUUUAUUGACCACAACAGCAAGAAAACGACUUGGAUUGAUCCUAGAGACAGGUUCACCAAGCCGCAGUCUUUCGCGGAUUGUAUCGGCAACGAACUGCCCCUGGGCUGGGAGGAGGCCUACGACCCCCACAUCGGCGUCUACUACAUCAACCAUGUCAACCAGUGCACCCAACUGGAGGACCCGCGACUGGAAUGGCGAGCGAUCCAGGAGGCCAUGCUGCGGGACUACUUGCACACGGCACAGGACGUACUGGAGGCCAAGAAAGAGAUCUACGAUGUGAAGCAGCAGAGGUUAUACCUGGCACAGGACGAGUACAACCACCUCAACAACGUUUUGAGUACACUCAACACCUCCCGCACUAGCUUGUGUUCGAGUUCAAGCAGUGUGAGUACCAAGUUUGACCCUGACCUGCUCAAGAACGACGUGGCGCACGCCCGAAACAGAGUAUCCAGGCUCAAACGGGAACUGGAGCAGAUCAGAGCGGAGAUGUCCUGCACGCAGAGAGGAGUCGAAACUCUAGUUUCGGUAGAACAGAAGCUGAGUGGGCCGCAGGGUGGUUGCUACAACAUCACGGAGGCCCAAGCUAUCAUGGCAGAACUGCGGCAGAUCCAGCGCUCGCUCAGCUCGGGUGAACAAGAGAAGGUGGAGCUGAUGCGCUCACUCGCCAAACUCAAGGAUGACUUGACCAGGCUGCAGCUGUGUGAGAGCUCUCCCGACGUUAGCACCCUCAGUCUGCCGGCUGCCACUGACAAGCUCAGCACAGCCUCCCAGACUGAUCUCUCUGGAGAGUUGGUGCCGAUGGGAACAAGGCUGGCAGAGAUGGCACGGAUGCGGCUGGAGUACGACGAGGCCCGAAAACGAGUGCAAGUGAUACAGCAGCAGUUGGCGGACCUGGAGGAGUCGAUGGCACCUGGCCAGGCAGAAAGUGACAAGGAUCGUCUGCUACUGUUCCAAGAAAAAGAGCAGUUGCUGCGCGAACUGCGGAGUAUCACACCUCGCAAUCGUAGUAGCCGGGAGAUGAGUGAUAUUCAGGAGGAGAUCCGGAGGCUCGAGCAGGACCUCAAUAACGCCCUGGAGAUGUCCAACAGGGCGAUAGCCGACAGGCUAAGGCUACACGAAGGAAAGCAGCUGCUCUUGUCUCAGCUAAGGGACGCUCUGCGGGCUAUGACCUCUUUGGAGUCACAGCUGCGUACACUCUCUGCCUCCACACUAUCAGUCAGCAGCAGCAGCAGUCUGGGCAGCCUCAGCACCACUAGCAGCAAGGGUAGCCUCAGCAGUGGUCUCAGCUUUACCGACAUCUAUGGUGGCCCUCAGUGUGUGCCCUCUACGCAGGACAAGCCUGUCGACAUGGUGGAUCUGCACAGGAGGGUUGAAAGGCUAUUGAGAGGAGAAUCAGUGCCACCUCCCCCUGCCUAUGAAGCUCCUCCACCCACCGUGCCCAUGCCAGAACUGUUGUGUGCAAGAGGUGGCAACAUGUCUCAAGGUUCGGGACUGGGCAGGCCAGGCUCCCCGCCACUCUCACCCAUCUGUGAAACUACCACCCCGCCUUCCGUCAGUGACGAGUCAGUCGCCGGUGACUCUGGGGUCUUCGAGGCCUCCAACAAGAGCAGCCAGCGUACCCUCUCCGAUAUGAACCUUGACACUGCGCAAGUUCAGAUCAAACUCAGGUACUCUAUAGCCGACAGCAUGCUUCACAUUAGCAUCGAGCGUGCGAGGAAUCUUUCAGCUUUGUGUAUUCCUGAACUUUGCCAAGUGUACAUAAAAGCGGUGCUCCUGCCCAAUGGACCCAACAACCUGCUGUGUUGCUGCACCAAACCCGUUGCAGAUCUGAACCGACCCAGGUUUGGACAGAGCUUCCCCCUGCAUGUGCCUCUACACAAGCUGUGUACCAAGACCUUGCAGAUCAACGUGUGGUCUCUCUCGCCCACCAAGGAGACGGACUGUCUGGGUUGUGCGCAAGUGAGCCUGGCAGACUUCAGUCUGGAUGCUACGUGGCUGCGCUGGUACAACAUUCUCAGUUUCCGCUUCAUGCAGUCCGCCGCGGAGACACCUGCCUCCACCAAGAUUCCUGCUCUGUUGCCUCCCCGUGAGGAGAGUUCUGACGAGUCUACAAUCAUCUCAUCCCAGACCUCCACACUCACUCGCAACCAAGGGUGUGAAGGAGUCCCUGGAAAUUUGGGUCUCAGGCUAGACGAACUGGAAAGCGAGGAUGAGGAAGAUGACGAUGAAGACGAUGAUGAAGAUGAAGAUUAUGAGGAAGAGGAUGUUGAAGAAGGGAUUGAAAUUUGCUGCCCCGAAGAACUAGCUCAGGUUAUAGAAUUGCCGAAUGAGGUGGAAGGAGUUGAUACAGAGGAUAAGGAGACCAACACAGAGUGUGUCUUCUUACCGAGAGGUGUCAAAUCCAAUUCCCAGCCCACCAUCGUCAUCAAGCGCUCUCAGACCUUCUCCCCUGUGGCCAAGAACCAGUACAUCUGCAGACUAAACCGCAGUGACAGUGAUAGCUCGAUGCCAUUGUACCGCCGUGGAGGUGGACCGUUCCAAAGGGGGGCAGUGGAGAGACGAUCACUGCGAUGGGCAGGACGGCGACCAAGGGGUGGGGCAACUGCACCACACGGUCCCCGCACUUCGCUAGACCUGGAGCUGGAUCUGCGGGCUCAGCAGACACGGCAGCAGGCACUGCAGGAUGAGCUCACCCGCCUGCGAGAACUCAAAGCCCGCCUGGAGACCGCCAAGGAGAAGGGAGACACUGAGAUAGCCGCCUGGGUCCUUGAGGAUACUCAGUUCCAGAAUCUGGUUGCUCAGGCUGAUGGCAAGAGUGCGGACGACAAGAAAGUAGAAAAGCUGUUGAAGAAAACUUCCAGGGAAAUAUACAAGCUUAGGAAAAGUAAAGCUGGAAAAGGAAAACCUGACCUUAUCUCAUUCAAGGAGAAGAUGGCUUUCUUUACAAAGGCCAACGUGAGUGUGCCAGUGCUGCCGCUGGAGCCGGCUGAAGACAACCAAAGGUUCAAGUACACUGUGGACAGGACACUCGGAGUGGAGGUGUAGGGCCCUACUCACUCUAUAGAUGCUAGUCAGUUGCCAGGCCACUUCCACCGAGUCAAUCUUGUGUUCAAGCGUUAGUUUUGUAGCAUUUUUGUAAAUACAUUAUGUGUUCCGAUUGGCCAUACGUGUGUAGAUCUGACGUCAUUUGUUGCCAAAAUAUUCUCAGUAAGCUUUUGUGUGAGGGCCUUAUUGCCUUCGACUUUUGCCUUCAAUGUCUUCACGUGCCUGUUACAUGCCUUGAUGUCGCAUGUUGAAAUGUAUUUUUUAACAUUUUGUAGUACACUUUUUCAUUAGGGUUUUCGAUGUAACGAGUUGUGAAAUAAGUAUUUCUUGUAGCCGAUUAGAUAUUUCAUUUCUUGUUGAAACCGUGUCUUUCCUUUCCCUUGUUCGAGCCUUUACUCACUUCUAAACACUUUUAAAAAGUCGGAAACACUCUUGUGGGAUUUGUAGGUUAUAUUGGAAAUUGUAAAAAUUAGUGUACAGAUCUAUUUUGCUGUUGUAAAAAUUGUGUAUAACUGACAUAAUUAGAUUGUUCUAAUAUUUAUUUAACUAUGUAACUAUUGUUUUAAUUUAUAAGUGAGUACUACUAUUGAAUGCUUAAAAUUUGUCACACCAUUUAGUGCAGUUAGGUAACGCACACAGCUCGCCUCACCUCAGUAGGUUAAUGUUGCUCAAAACAUUGUUAUACGUUUUUUAAAGUUUAUAGAAAAGGGCCCGCUACACUGUUAUGCUUUUGGUCAGUUGUUAAAAUUUUACACAUGUUGCCUUAAUCUUGUUACCAAAUUGUUUUGGUAAAUAAAAUUUUUUAGUGUUGAACCAGUUGUAACUAUUACAUUUUUGUUUAGUUGUUGUUAGUUGUAUAGUAAGGGGGGUGCUAUUCUGUGUCGGGGUUUAUGACAAUAAUGCGUGUAAAUUAUUUUAUUUUAUUAUUGUUGUCUUGUGUUAAUCAUAUUUUUGUAAUAUAUGUACAGAUUCUUAUUAUUUAGGUAAUUUGUUUAUUAUAAUUAAAUCAUUACAGUAAACUGUU